GUUUCCAAGCGGAUCAACCAAGAGGAAGGCGGAUGUGGCACAAGUUGCGAUCUCAAGGCACGCCAUCCCUCGCAUUAAAAAUUGGUUAUGCGUUGAAGAGGUGUGUUAACAUCGUCAUUGGUUACGCGUUGAGGAUGAAGCAACAGAAAGAUCUGCCAAAAAUUUCCGACAGCUUUUGGAGACCGAAUGGUCGCAUCGCAUCUCCCACCAUUCGCUGA